AGCUGAGGUUGCUGCAGCACUCCAGAGCUGCCUGUGUGCUGUGGAGAGAAUCCAGUAGAUCAUUGCAGACGGGGAGGCGGGCGGACCGGUGCAGUUCGGACGGCCAGAGAGAUAAUCCAGCAUCAUCUACCCGAGUGUGCAGGGAAUGGCCGGGAGCGUGCAUGCGGGCACUUUCAGGAAUCUCCAGUGGUGCACAGCAUCGUGGAGAGGCUUCCUGGCAACUUUCUUUCUGCUGUACUUAAUCCCCCUGGUGUGCACUUCGUGGGGGACUGGAUUUCAGUACAAGUACCCAGCGGGAUUGCAGAACAGCAAGGACCAGCUCGGAGUGGGCAGCAAUGGGUUCCUCACCCGCAGGAACUGGUGCCCAUACACUGUCACGAAAACAGUAUCCUGCCAAGUGCAGAAUGGAACUUAUGUGCAGAGGGUGUAUCAGAGCUGCAGAUGGCCAAUGGGAUGUCCUGGUGGUAUCAGUUACAGGGCGAUGAUCCGACCAACUUAUAGACUGACUUACAAAACGGUGACAGCAGUGGAAUGGAAAUGCUGUGUCGGGUUCAGAGGGAGCAGCUGUGAAGAAGAGACUGGAAAUUUCCUGGAAGCUUUGGAUGGUGGUCGACAGAUCUCUCACAUUCGCAGAUUACACACAAAAGCAGGAGACCUUUCAAAUUGUUUGAACUGCAGUAAAAUUUCCCAGCUGACAGACCGUUUGGGGACACUGGAAGCUAAGGUGGCUUUAUUGGCAGCUGCAGAGCCGGUCAGCUCUCUGUUGACAAACCAUGGACACCUGACGUUAAAAGGAGCACCUGAAGAUACGUUUAAACUCCGAGGUGCCCCUGCUGCACGAGGCUUGCCUGGAGCUCGAGGACCAAAAGGUCCAAGGGGUGAACCAGGCAUGCGUGGUCCAUCUGGAAUGCCAGGAACAAAAGGAGCUAUGGGGCCACCAGGUCCACCAGGACUUCUGGGUCCGACGGGAGCAGCAGGUCUUCCUGGGGGAAGAGGUUUACCAGGUCCUCCAGGUCCCCCAGGACCACCUGGACCUGCAGGCCCAUCACGUGCUGACAUUCCUUAUCUAGGAUCAGUUGACCUUGGAUACACAUCAACUAACAAUGGUGAUUCCGUCUUGUCAAAUACCUUCACAGAUACAGUUGUAACUGGUGUCCGUGGACCUCCUGGACCACCUGGACCAGUGGGACCUGUUGGUUCACCUGGUCAACAAGGACCUAUCGGACCACCUGGGCCUCCGGGAAAAGAUGGAUUGACUGGUCGACCAGGCUUGCCAGGGCUAGAAGGACCCAAAGGUGAAAAAGGAGACAGAGGUCUAUCUGGAUAUCCUGGAGAAAGAGGUCUCAGAGGAGAAACAGGGGAACCAGGGAUAAAGGGAGAACCAGGAGAUAAAGGACAACCGGCUGUUAGUUGGCAGAUGUUCCAAGAUCUUCAAGCUGAAUUAGAAGUUCUGGCUAGAAGGGUAACCUUACUGGAAGCCAUCGUGUGGCCAGAACCUGAUCAUGGAUCUGGAGUAGAUCCUUACGCUACUGUACCUCCAAAUUUCUUCAGAGGCAAGCGAGGCAGCUUUGCAGCCUACAAGAUUAUCUCACACAGGCUUGCACAUAAAACUGAAGAGAAAUGAUUAAGGACAAUGUAAAUGUCAACAAAUGUAAACUGUGUGCUGCCUUCCUGAAACAACAUGUGGUAAACUGGGGUAAGCAGAUUACCAAACCACUGGAACUGUUUUAUAAAGUGUUUAUUUGUCCUGUGUGUAAUACAUCAGUGGACUAACUUGAUUUGCCUCGUCCAACUGCGAGCAUUAUGCUCCAUUUGUGCUGAAAAUAACUUGUGUUUUAGGCUGCUUUCUUCAUGGGAAUCUCAGAGAUCUGGUAUAGAUAUCACAAAAUGUGUCACCAUAUGAUGACUAUUCUGUGCUUUGUUUUUUCAUAAACAUAGCUUCUGGUGAAUAUUUCAUAAGGCAGCCACUCUCCUAUAUUUGUGAAAGAGUUUACUUUGCAUUUAUUUUCUAUCACAAGUAGAUUACUUUUUCUAAAAUGCUGUAUAAUCAUACUAUUGCCAUCAGUCUACAUUAUAUAUUUCAAAAGAUAAAUUAGUUUUAUUACAUGGAAAAAGUAAUUGUUUAAUGAGACACUCUCCCUUGGUCACCUCCUUCCAUAUCAUUCUCUCCAAAAUUAUUGUCUUCUCAUAUUAUGACAGACUAUUGACUCUUUGUUGGAUGCUUCCAUUCCAAUUUAUGAAUCUAUCAAUCUCUGUGCACUCAGGGUCUUUUUACUUGUGUUUUUGAUUGGUAGUAGGUUUGCCAGUAACGAUUACUUAAUUGGAAUGUAAACAAUUUUAGAUCAAAGGGAAGGAACAAUUACAGAGAUUUAGAUUUUUAAUUUUCCUCUCAUUUUUAGAAGAUGCCUUAAAAGAUCAAGGAAAACAGACUUGUUACUUUGCAGAAUAGCACAGUUGCAUUGGAGGGAACACUUUUAGAGCCCACCUUCCACCACCCCCCCACCCUUGGAUAUUUGUCAUUUAAAGCAGGCAUCAGUUUGCAUUUUAAUACAUUCUUGAAAACUGGAAUGAAUAUUUGGGAGAAGUUUAUCAAAUGGGAUCCUGUCUCUUUAAAUUAUAUUAGAGCUACUUUACUGAUUCUCCUACAUUAUGGUAACAGCAGUAAGGGAUAGUAAAGAAUUUUUUUUUAAAGUGAGCCAUUCGAGUUGUUUUCCUAUGAUCAGAUUAAAUGUAAUUUAGAAAUUUUGUUUUGUAGCAUAUUGAAAUGAUCCAUGCGUUACUCAAGAUAUUAAUCCCAAGAAACACUGCCUUUACGUUUGAACAUUACAUACCAGUAAUUCCUAGACAUUUAAAAAUUUUAUUAGAAACUGUGUAUUUUUUAGCUCUAAGGGCAUAUGUUAAAAUAGAUAGCAAAUCAACAAAAAAAAAUGUUGAUUAAUUGCACAUCCAAUUUAAUACUCACAAGACAAUAGAGGACUGCUACUUAAAUUUCUAGAUCGAAAUAAACAGGACAUAUUACCAUCAAAACAUGAAACUAUACUAAGUAUUUAUGUACAGAUAUCUCUGAAUUUGUACUUGAAGGUAGCAUUUCAAUUACAGUCAUUUUGGGCUGUAACAAUUAUGUGCGUCUUAAUGGUGCUCAGUGUGCAGUGUUUAAUAUUAUAAUUAAGACAACAUGUGUUUCUAUUUCAGUUUGCUAUUUGUUUAUCCACAGAUUCUGUAUCUUGACUAUGGGCUUUUAAUGCAGGUUGCUAGCAAAAGUAUUCACAAGUAUAUUUACAAUGUACAACUUUGGUACCACUGUUUUCAUAUUCAGUCUUAAAGGGCGUACUUAUUUUCAUGUACAGAGCACUGUUUUAUACCAACCAUGAAAAGUGUGUCAAAAAUAUUCAUUAAAAGGUAAAUUAAG